GAACCGAAACUUGUUUUGAAGCGACUAUUAUACUCUUACGUUGGUUUGGUUUAUUUGAUAUAAAGCUAGCCUCUUUUCUCGCACCCUAUUAUCGUUGAUUGAUUCAUACAGAUAGUAUCAUGUCCAGUUACAAAACCGCUAAUGUCGUGAGCUCGGCAGCUCCACCUGACCCCAAGUCUCUUUUGCAGACCGAAAGAGCUGCUACCAAGUUCGACACCGACAAGUUGCACUGGUUCUUGGAAGGUAACCAGGAAAGAUCCGAGCUCUUCAAGCUGUUGACCCAGCAGAUGGAAAGAGACCCCAUCUUGGCUGCUGACCUCAAGUACUACGACUUGACCAAAGAGCAACAGAGAGAGUUGACUGCCGUAAAGAUCGACCGUAUUGGUAGAUACCUUGAGAAUGACACCAUCCCUGAGUUCCAGAGAAGAUUGUCUAUCCUUGGUCUUUUCGACCCCCAAGUAGCCACCAGAGUCGGUGUCAACUUGGGUUUGUUCCUUUCUUGUAUCAGAGGUUCCGGUACCGUCGAGCAAUUGAAGUACUGGGCCUUGCAAAAGGAAACUGCCACCAUCAAGGGAAUUUACGGUUGUUUUGGUAUGACCGAGUUGGCCCACGGUUCCAACGUUAUGGGUUUGGAAACUACUGCUACUUUCGACGAAGACAAUGAUGAGUUCAUCAUCAACACCCCUCACAUCGGUGCUACCAAGUGGUGGAUCGGAGGUGCUGCCCAUUCGGCUACCCAUUGUACUGUCUACGCCAGAUUGAUUGUGAAGGGUGAAGACUACGGUGUUAAGACCUUCGUCGUGCCAUUGAGAGACUCCCAGCACAACUUGUAUCCUGGUGUCACUGUCGGUGAUAUCGGUGCCAAGAUGGGUAGAGAUGGUAUCGACAACGGUUGGAUUCAGUUCUCCUCUGUCAGAAUCCCAAGAUUCUUCAUGUUGCAGAAGUUCUGUAAGGUUUCCAGAGACGGUGAAGUGAUCUUACCUCCUUUGGAACAAUUGUCGUACUCGGCUUUGUUGGGUGGUAGAGUUGUCAUGGUUGCUGACUCGUUCAGAAUGAUCUCGAGAAUGAUCACCAUCGCCAUCAGAUACGCUAUUGGAAGAAGACAGUUCAAGUCUGCUGAGGCUGAGGCUGAAGCUGAAGAUGAAGACGACGUGAAGGAAACACAGUUGUUGGACUACCCAUUGCACCAGAAGAGAUUGUUGCCAUACAUCGCUUUGGCCUAUGUUGUUUCUGCCGGUGCCUACAAGAUAGAAAGAAGCAUCGAGAGUACUGUCAACGACUUGGAAGACGCUGUUGACGACGACGAUGAAGCAGGUAUCUUGAAGUCUAUCGAUGCUAUGAAGUCGUUGUUCAUCGACUCUGGUGCCUUGAAGUCUACUUGUACCUGGUUGGCUGCUGAAGUCAUUGACAAUGCUAGACAAUCCUGUGGUGGUCACGGUUACUCUUCCUACAGUGGUUUCGGUAAAGCCUACAAUGACUGGGUUGUCCAAUGUACUUGGGAAGGUGACAACAACGUUCUUGGUAUCAACAUCGGUAAGCCUAUUGUCAAGCACACCAUUGCUGUUAUCGACGACGGCAAGAUUGUCAAGGGUUCUUCUGCUUUCUUGACCAACACCAAGGAAUAUGUUGAAGCUAAUGGCAAGAAGCCAAUCUUGAGCUCUGCUGCUGACCUCAAGGAUUUGAAGACUGCCUUGAAGAGUCUUGAAGUUGCCAUCAUCAGAUUGUCCUACAACACCUCCAAGACCGUCAGAAAGCACAACUUCGACUACGCCGGUGCUGAGUUGGUCAACAUCUCCAAGUUGAAGGCUCAUCACUACUUGUUGGAUGAAUUCCUCAGAAGAAUCGAUGAGUUCGAACAAACUGAAUUGAAGCCAUACUUGAUUCUUUUGGGUCAAUUGUACUUCUCGGGUAUUGUCGUUGAGAGAUUCGCUGGUAUCUUGUUGACUGUCAAUGUCAUCACUACCGAACUUGUUGGCGAAUUGGCUUCUAGUGUCAUUCCAGAUUUAUGCAGAGAAGUCAGACCACAUGCCGUUGGCUUCACCGAUGGUUUCCAGUUGUCAGACAUGUUGGUCAACUCUGCUCUCGGCAGAUACGACGGUAACAUCUACGAGAACUACUUCACUGCUGUCAAGGAACUCAACCCACCAAGAAACCACAAGGCACCUUACUCUGCUGCUUUGGAAGGCAUGUUGAACAGACCUUCCUUGGAAGAAAGAGAAAGAUUUGAGAAGACCUUGGAAACUGGUGAACUUUUGUCCAGGUAAGCUGCUACGUUCUUGUCAAAGUGAGCUGUAGGCUCAGUUGACCCUUCUGUUAUUUAAGUUCUGAAAAAUUA